UGAUGCACUGCGUGUCGGUGACGUGUUCCACGCGCUGCGCUCGGUUCUUCGUGUUUGUCCGGGUCUGAUCUGUCACCGUGUUUCUAUCAUUCAUUCCUCACAGAUUACCGGAGACUUUCCGCGCUCUCUACCUGCACUGAUCUCCCGGUAAACGCGCGGCUGUAGCUCGGUAUCCUGAGUAACGCGCGAGAUGUUGUUGUCCGCCGUGCCGAAGCGUUUGCUCAUGCGCAUGUCGCGCAGCUUGUCACCCUGUCGCGCGCUUCACACCGAACCCGGCGAGUCCAAUGUGCACGAGCUUGAAACGGCUGUAAGGAGCUAUCCGGUGAUUUUCUCGUCUCGCGCGUCCAGAAAGUGUGCGCAAAUGAAGGAGCGCGAGGAAGCGUGUAGCAGCAGUGAUAACCUUCACGCGCAAUACCGCCAGCUGGCCAGCAGGUGGCGCACGAGCCUGGAGAGUCGGAGGAGCUCGUGGGCAGCGCUGGUCACCGCAGGACACUCCGGGACUUACCGGGAGGAGAUCUGGGGGCAGGACACCGAGGGGCAGAGCACCGGGGGGCAGAACACCGGGGGGCAGAACACCGUGGGGCAGAACACCGGGCCCGGGGGGUGGAGAGGAGCAGCUUCGGCAGGAAUUCUGUCCACUGCCGCCCUGGCCUUCUGCUUCAACAGAGACAACCACAGCAACACCGGUGAAGCUCUUUUGGAUGCAGCCAGAUCUAACAACGCUGAGGAGGUGAAAAGGUUGCUGGCAGAUGGAGUUGAUCCAAACACUCGUCACCGUCUCGGCUGGACCGCACUCAUGGCCGCCUCCAUGAACAGACAGCACAAUGUGGUGCAGGUUCUGUUGGAGUCCGGCGCUGAUCCGAACCUCGGGAGACGACUUCAGCAAUGUUUAUGGAACUGCACGGGAUAAAGGCAUAAACUCACUGGAGGUGUUGGUGAUGAGGGAGGACAAGUUCAGUAAUCGUCUCAGCACUCGGGCCAGUUUCCGUGGUUGCACAUCGCUGCAUUACGCUGUACUCGCUGAUGACCUCCGCACUGUGCGCAUGCUCCUUGAUGCAGGUAAGGUCAAAGAUCAGGUCACACCUGGCCGUACCAUACAGUGCGAGCGCACACAUACACACUCCUUAACCAGUAGAUAAUGGCUCCUUAAACAAGUGACCCCCGUCGCCGGACGCAGUUAGGCUCAAGUUGACCUUUAACCCCUGGGAUAGAAGAGCC